AUGACGGCGCCUCGGGGCCCGAAAUGUACAAAUAUUCGUAACUACAUCUUAGUAGUUACAACUCCAAACUCCAUUCAUCACAAUAUUAACUGGAACAGCGGUCAGCAAAGCUCUCCUGUGCAAGGAGAGUCUGCACAGCCGCCCUUUGGCUGGCAGUGUGAUCUGGAAAACAGCGAGUGGUAUGUUAGGCACAACUCUGAAUACACAAGAUCUUAUAAUUCUGCUAUGAAAAGAGAAACAGAAUUUCAGAGGCUCAAAAUAGAGAAAGGCGUGCAAGAGAAGAUAAAUGACCAAAGUUCUAAUGUUUCUCAUGAUGCUGAUAGAUGGUCUCAAGGAAAAUCUCCAAACAGAAGCAAAACCACAGACAGUUCUUCAAUCCAAAUUGAGAAGCGAAAGAAAAUAGUUAUACAGUUUAAGCCUAAAGAGGUUAAAUGUGGGAAAAGUACUAGCACCACUGAUGUGGUAUCUACUGGUAGGGAAAAUCAUAACAAAGGUAAUCGUUUUGAUGGAGCAGAAGGAAAAAGGCUCUUGCAUAGCUUUGCACUCCAGAAAGACAAGGUGAUGAAGAAAAAGAGAGAGAGAGAUCAAUUCUGCAAACUAAAAGCUGAACAAACCAUGCUGGAGAAGUUUAAGUCUGCUACAUGCAAUUCACAUGUGCCAUGCAGAGCAUUGAAUGGUUCCAAAAAAUCGAGUGAAGAUGUCAGAACUCAAAAAAAGACAGCUAUCACCUCUACAGAGACUGUAAAUGAUGAUACGUUUUCCGCUAAAAAAUCACGUAUGUUAUCUAGGACUUGUGGUGAAGAGGUUGAAGAAGAAUAUGAGGAGUUUUCUAGGAAAAACAAACAUACUACCAAACACACACCAUCUUACUGUUCAACUGAAACACCGAAACAAUGGCACUGGAAAAAAGUGAAUGCUGAUUCUGAUAAAGCUGAUACUAAUAGGGGGACUGAAGGAGGGUGCUUCGAAGCUGCAACUUUACGUUUUAAGCGGACUUUUGAGGUCCCGAGCACAUCUGAUUCCUACCAGGAUAGUGAGAACGCAAAGUCUCCCCAAAAGAUCUUUGAAGUUUUUCCAUCCCACCAAGGCAAUCAGAGCCCAGAAUCAGAUCAAGAGAUGCAGAUAGUAGAAGAUUUGCAUGUUGCUCGUCUUGAAAAAAGGAUGGCAUUGCCUGUUGUACAGGCUUGUGGAGAACUUACAAGUAUGGAAAUAGAUCUCCCAGAACAGGAUUUAAGUAUUUCUGCUGCGUCUUCUGUUUCUGGUCUAAACAUACUAGUGGUGAUUGACACAAAUAUAAUGAUUAGUCACCUUGACUUCGUCAGGUCCCUGAAAUCUGAAACUAUACCAGGUGUUGGGAGACUUGCAUUGAUAAUUCCAUGGGUUGUACUACAAGAAUUAGACAACUUAAAGAAGGGGAAAAUGUUGCAGCACGUUCGGGACAAAGCUAUCCCUGCAGUCCAUUUCAUCUACAUGUGUCUUAAAAACCAAGAUUCAAAGCUGUGGGGGCAAUCCAUGCAGCUUGCUUCUCAAAAAAUAUAUGGCCUGAGUGACGAGAACAAUGAUGAUCGUGUUUUACAAUGUUGUCUGCAGUAUCAGAACCUCUUUCCUCAAGCUGUUGUCAUACUUUGCACGGAUGAUAAGAAUUUAUGCAGUAAAGCCAUUGUGAGUGAGGUAAACGCAUUCUGCAAAGCAGACUUGGUUAUUGCUCUACGGAAUCUGAACGUAAACAAACGGCAGAGUUGUGUUGAUCUACAGCAGUCCGAAUGUGAUACAGAAUUCCUGAAAACAGGAGGAGAUGCUAAUCUUACUGCUCAAUUCCCAACUAUACUUCUACACCUUGAAAAGAACUUAGGAGAAGCUUUAUCUUGUAUUUUGGAGACUGAAAUGAAAAUUGCAUUUGGAAACCUGUGGAUGGAGAUACUUUAUCUGAAGCCACCAUGGACAUUAGCAAACUUGCUGCAGUGUUAUAAAAAACACUGGGUGGCUGUUUUUGGUCAUGUUGUGCCAAGGAGUUUACUUGCAACUGUUGAAUAUCUCUAUAAACACUUAUGUACAGCUCAAACAGCUGACUCCUCGACAGCUGGUAUGUUGCUCCAGGAAUCCAAAAAGCUGCUGCAUGCUUUCAGUUCAAGGUCAGAUUACAAUGGUGUGCUUCCUCGGGCUUACGCUGAAGUCACUAAGCUCCACCAAACACUUAUAGAGGUAAAAUCAGGCAGUGGACAAGAUUUGUCAGAAGACACCAUGGUUCUUUCAGAAAAUGCUAUAUGUGAAAAAAUGGAAGCAAUGACACCAAAUCUGCAAAAUUGUGAAGAAAAAAAGUUGCAUUCAAGUAUUCACAUGGCUCAAGAAAACAGAUAUCAGGAAAUCUGGUCAGUCUUGGAAGGUGUAUGGAAUACAGUAAACUUGUACAGUGUUGAAAUUUUCCAGAAGUUGGACCCCAACACGAUAGCUGUGACUUCGAAGUCUUCAUUUGAAGAAGCUUUUUUAGGCUUGCAAAAACUGAUAGCAGCUGUGAAUGAUAUCCUUGAAGGAAUUCGUAGAAUUCUGAGCCCCAACAGUACUUUUCAAGAUAUUUGGACCCUCUAUAACUUCCUCAUAAGCAAUGAGAUAAAUAGCAGUAUAAAAUUUACUGCUGAGGAGCUUUAUGACUGUGUUUCACAAGAAACAUAUAGAGAAAGGCUCUCAGUUGGAUGUUGCCAGUUGGCUCAGCUGGAACACACCAUUAAGCAGUGCAGUGCGUCCGUUCACAUGGAAGCAAAGAACAGGGGCUGGCUGUGAUGCUUCAGGCAAGGUUUGGAGCUGCGGUGCUCACCCCCUUCACUUUCUUUGUCCAAACUAAG